AUCUGGCUUCUUGGAGUUUUUCUAGCUUCAUUAUCCUCCUAUCUCUCUCAGCUGGAGUCUGGGAAAGGGAGGAGAGAAAAAAGCUUGGGGACUGAGGCAUGCUGGUUCUUUCAGCCUCCCUCUCCACCCCUCCCGCUCCCACUCUCUAUAUUUAACGCCAUCACAUAAAUAUUUAACCACGUGCUUGAUUGCUUAGAUUGCGAGUGGCAUUUCAUGUCUCCAGGCCCGAGAUGCAUCAGCUAACAGGGAUCACUUCACUUUGCCCGCGCUGAAUUGGGCACGGCUCUGCAAAGGCCUGGCCCGGCUGGCAUUGUCAGUCGAGACACAAACGAAACAUCGCCCUUAAUUUAAGAUAAAGCUUCAGAGCAGAUGGAGGUGGAGGGAAUUCAUUUAAUCAGGUGAAAUAUCUGACCGCUUUUGUUUUCAGUGCAGGAAGAAAAGCAGGCGCUGUAUUGAUCUUAGCAAGCUUAUGUGUUUAAUUUUAUUUGAGCACUUAGCACAGCAUUUUGUGUUUGAUUUAAUUGUAUUGGAUUUGGUGUGUCCUUGUGUGUACCUUGCAGACAUUUGUCUCACAAUACCUUUAAUCUGCCUGAUAGUAGGGUUGAUAGAAUGCCAGCCAUCCUGAGAAUGAGUGAACUGAGCUUCUACCUGUGUCAGUUGGUGUAGUGUUAUUCACGGCCAGGCCAGUGUAUAUAUCGAUUUCCACCCAAGUCCCCCACCACCACCACCACCCAUCCCCCACACCUCAUCCACCCCCCAUCUUAUUUUAGACCCACUCAGUCUGUAGUAAUAGAGUCUACAGGAAGCUCCUGCCAACCCCCCCUUUCCUUCCGCCCAGCACGCAGAGGCAGGAAACACACUCUGUGCAAAGUGAUGGUGGCCAUAAAUCCUCCUUCAUUUCCUCUCUGCUCCCACUGCUGCUUUGGGCUCUCGCUAGUCAAGCAGCAAGCCAUCAAUCCAAUAUGGACUAAUGAUAGGAAUUAGUCCUGAGCCAACAGGCACUAAUGUUAAACAGAUCAGCAAGAUGUUUUUUUUUUUUUUUUAAACAGUGUUUGGAAAAGGCAGCGUGGGGAACCGCAGCAUGCAGGAUAAUGUUUAGGGCACUUACUAGCAGAGUGAAGUAGCGUCAGCUAGCCUAUGACAGUCUGCGCUAAUCACAUUGUCAUGAAUUCAGAUUGUGGGUCAUAAAGAAAGUUUCCACCAGGUGUGUGUGGGUGCGUGCGUUUGCAUAAUGCAUCAUACCCCGUGUAGCGCCUGAGUGGAUGUGCUUUAAAUGACCCAGUGUUUGUUCCGCGGGACUCCUCCCAUUAUGGCAGCUCCUGGCUACGUGCUCAUGUUUCAGGAUCACUCCCGUGCCCUCACAGUGCUAACAAAAGCAGGAUGGGCCCACUCAGCAUGUGGCCCAUUUGCUUUGAUGACUGUUAGGGACCGCAGCUAUUUGAACUACAUGUGUCUGCCGGUUAACCUUGACUCUGAGACGAGUUGCUCAUUGCACGCAACAUGGUGAAAAGGAGGCGAAUGCAUUGUGAGUGGAGCGGCUGAAGAGGAGAGGCUGCGGGCUCAACACAUCCGCUGCCAGCCAGUGCGUUCCUGUGAUUGUGGGUCCAACCUCGCUCCUACCCGCCGCAUGCUUGGGGGCCAGCGGGCCUUUUGUUGCUCGCACUCUUAAAGGAGGCGUCGAGUCAAAGGGCCUUGUUAACCAGAUGGAUGUGAUUUUACUGUGUGUGUAUUUGUGUGUGUGUGUGUGUGUGUGUGUGUGUGUGUGUGUGUGUGUGUGUGUGUGUAUGUCUCUGUGUGUGUCCCUUCUGUUUCAAGAUCUUUUCCUCAAACACAUUGUCAUUUUCCCCCUCAAAAGUUAUUGCCUGCUUGGCAGCACCAAAGUCUUCCGCGUCAUAAAUAUUGCAGGCUCUUUUAUUUUUUUAAAGGGAAGCAAAGGCCAGACUGUGUCAGAAUAUUGCUCUGUUUUUUAAGCACCAGAAGGACUUCCGAUAGAUCUCUCUUUAAGUAGUAGUUCUGGAGACGAGACAAGGCUUUAAUUACAUGGAGGGGAAUGCACCAAGUGGCAAUUAAUGGUCGACUCCCUUGAAGGACAGGACUGCAGAGGCGGGUCAAAUGUACCGCAUGAUAUCCAAAUCUUAAACCAAAGACGCGUUACUUUCCUUUUGCACACACCCACGCAUGACCAUAACUGAUAAUGCAUAGUGAGUAAAUGCAAAUACAUUAGGAUGACAAACAGUACUGAGCCACAGCAUUUGAUGUGGUGUUUUCUCAACCGCUCUUCUUUUCUGACAUCAGUUAUAACUAUAUAAGUUGUGAUAUAGGUCAUUUCUUAUUACUUCCUGCAAUCAAUACAAUUCUGAAAAACAAGCCACCCAUCUCUGCAAUUCAAACAGAAUCAAACUCUGAAUAGAGUGGAAUUGAAACACAUGACCAGGAGAUAAAGAGAAAGAGGAAAGGGGCCUGCUUACAGCAAUCCUAAAACCAUGGGUCUCGCCCCAAAUUUAAGGACUGGCAUCUGUAUCAGUUAAUUUAUGCUUCAGCAGCACCUAAACCGGACCACCAUUCUGUUCACUUUUAUUUUGAGGUUCACAUAGUUCUUUAGAUGGCUUGUUUAGAAUUUUGGGCAGAAAAAAAGAUGGUGGCCAGUUUUGACAUACAGAGCGCAAACACAUGCUGGAAAUAUUUGCUUUGAUUUGUUUCUUCAGUAAAUUCCAGCAGAAUUGUCUCCUUCUCUGGAGUUCCCAUUCUUUGACUGGCUGGAAAGCAUGAAUGAUAACAAACCAUCAGUAGCCUGCGCUAUUUACAGAAUAGGAGCACUUUUCCUGCUACAACUACAACAGUGUAGUGCAGUUACAGUUUGUCGUCCAAUCGUCUUGAUUUGUUGUUACUGAUUACAUGUAAACAAGACUAAAUUGGUUUGAUUUGGCUUCAUUUGUAAAUUUACAAAAUGUUAAAUACUUUCUUGGAAUAACCUCAUGCUCUUUUUUCAUAAUGCCAGCUUUUAAAAAUGCGUGGUUACAUUGUGGCUGCGAAAUUUUCAUGUUUUCUUCUCCUGCUAGAAUCUGUUAGGGGAACCAUGAAAUGACUUAUGACUCAAGCUAUAGGCGGAAGAAAUGAGCUUCCGAAAUGGCUGUCUGUCUGGGUCUUCUUCUUCCUUAACUCUGCGGUCUGCGGUUCAUUUUGUGUGUGAUGCUGUUGUGUUUAUAAAUAUCAGUUGCACAUUUGGGUUGAAGAACUCGACAAGGUAGCAUCUUUAUGUGUUUGACACUGUUGUGUGGCUUGAGUGGGGAGGGUUAUGAUGAUAAUAUUGAUCUGCUGUGAGGUCCGUGUAUAGCGUGUGACUAAUGGCUUUGUUGGCUCCGUGCGGUGCAUAUAUCAAACUAUCAAACAAGGCACUGGUAAUGUUCCAAGCCCUUUCUGGUUCCUGUGUAGCUUGUCCAAUACAUAGCCCAAACCCCUGCUCAAUCCUCUACAAAAAUGUUGCAAAGCCAUGUUCUUCAGUACAAGAUGAGAGCUUUCAAACCCCUUCAAACACUUAAUAUCCUUAUAAGGUUGGAUUUAUACUUGAAGGUCUCUGGCCUCGUGUUUGUGUAUGUUUUUGUACAUGGGUGAGAUUGGGAGGAAAUGGAAUCUGUUAACCUCAGACGAGGGUGCCCUUGUACACAUGUCAUUAGUCAGCUCAAGAGUAGGGAACUGAGAGCUGCUUUCAGGAAGCGUUAGUGAAGCCGCAUAUCCCCAUAUGAAAACCACCCAAGGGUGUAAGACUUUUUGUGUAACUGUGUCUUAUUUCCCCGCGAUGACCAGCUCACCUCAAAGGCCUACUCAAGCCUCUUUCACAUACAUACAUUAUCGAUACAUUAACGUAUCAGGUACAGGUAACAUUUUGGGAUACAUUUUCAUUCCCACUCAGUCUUCCAUUACGAUACAGUUGCAUUUUUAUGUAUUAAAAAAAAUGACAUGUAAUGACAUACCUCCUGCAUCGAGAGAACAUAAACAGGAAAAAUCAUUCGUAUUAGUGCACUUUUAUCCUUAUAUAACAAUAUUGAGAACAAUGCAAAGAACAAUAAUACUCAACUCAUCCUUAUGUCAGUCACUACCACAUUCAGAAAUACACUGUCACUGAGCUGUCCUUGUGUGCCCACUGCUUGCACAGGAUGCACUGCAGCCAUGUCUCCUCUGUGCUGCUGUUUGAGAAGCGCUCCACACACACCAGGCAGAAACAUUCAUCUUCAUCUGAGGAUGACUAUCUCCUGCCCCUUCCUUCUCUUGGUUGCCUUUGUUGAUACCUUAGAUUUUUAUUUUUUUUCGGCUUGAGAGAACAGGGACAACCAACCCCCGAAGAGAAUGUGGCAUUUUUUGUUAACGGCAAAGCUAACAACCACAUGUUGCAGCGUAGCUCAGAAAAAACUAAACUAUAGCUGUGGCUGUGGCUGUGUCUGUGUCUGCUGUCUUGUGUUUGAUCCAGAGAGACACAAGUAUUAAGAAAUACUUGAAAUGUAAUAUAAAAAUCAAUGGCAGAAGAAAUGAAAGGCCAGCCCUUUGGACUUGGGCGUCUGAAAUGAGUACUUCUGAAAUGUGUGCAUUUCCCCUUUAUUUGAAAGGUUUCACUUCCCCUUGCUGUAUUUUGGGAAAGCAGCUUUGGUCUCUAGCUUGCCUCUAUCUGGGGCAGAUGAGCUGGAUGUAUGACAGUUGAGGGAAGGCAAGACUUUACUCAGCAGGUAAAUGCUAGCGAGAAAUCAGAAGAAGAAUGGCUCCUUGAAGAUGCCAGACAGGAAAGAGAGGUGGGAGAAGCACGUGGUGAAGAGGCAGCGAGAAGAGAAAGAGAACGGCGUUGCCUCCGACCUGGUGGAGAAAGUCUUCGACGAACACGCCGCCAGCCUGGAGCGCGACCAGGAGCGCGUCAAGGAGCGACUGCUGAAGAAGACGUACUCGAAGAAGAACAAACGGUUCAAAGGGUUCCCAGGCCAACCAGGAAAGAACCUUGAGGAAGGGGCCAUGCAGGAACUGGGCAGACCUCACCGGAGUAACUCUAAAGACAGACUCAGUGAGUGUGACAGUGAGUGUGACAUUGAUGACAAGGCUUCUGAUCUAGGAUCAGAGAAACUCUUCUCACCCACUGCAGCUAAAGGUGUGACGACGAAUGAGAUUCACGUGUCCAAGACCUGCAGUUCAACCAAAGUCUCAGGCCUCCAGCGCAGCCAGGAGCAGAGCAACGAGGUGUCCUUUGCGCCGCCUGCGCCGAGCCCCACCCCUGCCUCUCCGCCCACCGGCUCCCCAGCCCCUGCAGCUGCCACUGCGCCGCCUCCACGGGUGCGGCCCACCCCGCCUCCGCCCCUGCCUCUGCCUCUGGCUCUGCCUCUGCCUCCGCUGAGCGUCAAGAGGGAGGCCGUUGCCGCACCGCCGCGCAUCCCCACCCCGCCACUUCUCAGGACCCAGGGCCACCCCCCGCCACAGGAGCUUCGUGUUCCUCCUUCCCAGCACCACGCGCGGCCCCUGCAUAACCACCCCAUUCACCACUCGCUGCAGUACAACAACCUCCACGACAUCAGCAGUCACACCGGUGGUGUCAGCACCAGCCUCCCCCUCCCCAAACACCACCUUCCCCCCUCCCCCCACCUCAACAGCCUGCCUGCCUCCAACCCCAGCCUACACUACCAGUCUGUGGCUAACCUCUCUACCUCGCCCUUCUCCCUGCGCUCUCCUGCCCAUCGCCAUCCGGCCAUGUUCGCAACCCCUGCCACACUGCCACCACCUCCAACCUUACCGACCAACAGCCUGGUGGUCCCGGGGCAUCCUGCAGGCACCCCCUACCCAGAGCAUGACCUCCUGCGGCAGGAGCUGAACAACCGCUUCCUGGUUCAGAGUUCAGAGCGGAACAGGGGGCCCUCGGCAUCCCCCCUGGCCCAAAUAUCCCUCCAGAGGGCCGAGUUUCACCAACACCAGCACAUGCACCAGCACCAACACACCCACCAGCACACCUUCACGCCAUUCCCCGCCGGCUUGCCCCCGGCGGCCAUGAUUGCUCCGCCCAAUGCACCUCCCAUGGUGCGUACCCCAGCCAGAAAUUUCGACAAAUACGCUCCAAAGCUGGACAAUCCUUUCUUACGACACUCAAGCUUCUUCCCCUCCUACCCUCCCACAAUGCCUGGGAUGCCUCCCCUGCUGCCACAUUCAGGACCCUUCAGUUCACUGCAAGGAGCCUUCCAGCCUAAGGCCUCUAAUCCCCUAGACGUAGCAGGUCGGCCUGGAGCCAUACCUCACACUCUCCUGCAGAAAGAUCCUCGGGUACCAGAUCCUUUCAGGACAUCAGUAAGAAAGCCUGGCAAAUGGUGUGCGGUUCAUGUACAAAUCGCUUGGCAAAUCUACCACCAUCAGCAGAAGAUGAAGCAGAUGCAGCUUGAUCCUCACAAACUCGACAUGAACGGGAAGCUCGACCUGUUCAGCCGGCCGCCCGCCCCAGGAGUCUUUCCAGGAUUCCCUUACCCCCACGACCUGGCACGACCUAUGUUCUCCUCCACAGGUUCUGGCCAUCCAGCUGCAUCACCCUACGGGCCUUCACCACACCACAGUGGAUUCCUGCCCACCAGCCACCUGGCAGGUAAGCAUCCUUUUAGUCGCUCCAGUACCUUUGGCGGCCUCGGCAACCUUUCAAGCAGUGCCUUCGGAGGAUUAGGCAACCCCUCGCUCGGCCCCAACAACAUCUUUGGUCCAAAGGAAGGGCAUGGAUUGCCUGGCUUCGGCAGCCCCCACCAUGACACCUGGAACCGGCUACACCGCACCCCUCCAUCCUUCCCCACCCCUCCGCAAUGGCCCAAGUCCUCAGAUGUAGAGCGGAGCAACUCCGUCAACAGCCACGAGCGUGAACGGGAACGAGAGCGGGAGAAAGAAAGGGAGAGGGAGAAAAGGGACUCCUCCAUUGGAAAAGAAGAGAAAGAUAAAGACAGGGACUCCUUGGAUCAGAACCGCCACUCCAACAGGUCCUCACCUGCAUCUGCCCAAAUGGGCUACCAAAUCAGCAACCUGAUCAGGUCCAACAGCCAGAACUCCAAUGACUCAGGCCGCCACCACAGCGCAGACCGAGCCCGAGAAGCCGAGAAGAACUUGAUCGAGCGCCACCGAGAGGCUACCAUGCUGGGAGACAUCAAGGUGAAGGAGAGCCGUUCCCCCGGAAAGGAGGUUCAGGAGCGCCGGUCCUCCGAGGAUCAGUGCAAGCCUAUUCACCGCUCCCCCUCGCCUUACUCCAAGGCCAUCAACCUUGACACUGGUCACAAAACGGCUUCUGCCCCUCCUCCACAAAACAAGGAUGUGGACAGGAAGGAGCCGCCAUCCGAGAUGAUCCACAAGGUUAAAAACGACAUGAAGAUCAAAGAGGAGCGCAAGGAGGAGCAGGAGGUGAUGGUAGUGGGGUCAGAGCCCUCCCCUCAGCCCUCGGUGCCUCCCCCUCCACCUGCACCUCCCGCCCCUUCUGGCCCCCACUCCCUCCACCCUGCGCUAUCCCAUCAGCCGCCUCCGCCCUCACCCCGUUGCAGCGACCUCCCAACCUCAGCCGCCAUGCACGGCGUGCCCAUGUCGCACUCGCUCCCUCUCUCCAUGUCGGCCAUGCACCAGAUGGGCAGCCUGAACGUGCUGGAUCGUGCCCGCAUGGCUCCCUUCAUGGGUGUGAGUCCUCUUGCGGCAGCAGGCCGCGAGCGUCUGCCCCACCCGGCCUUCAGCUGGGACCCGCUGCGGGAGGCCUACCGCAGUCUGGACCUGCAGCGGCGCAUGGAUUUCCAGCUGCGGGCCGAGCAGGCACAGCGCUUCCAGCCCGGCACCCCAUAUGAGGCAGUCGAGCGCAGCUACCGGGAGCGGGAGUCUCACGACUACGCGCACCACGAGCACCUGCUGGAGGUGCGGCGCGAGCAGGAGCGCAUGCGGCAGCAGGCCGAGGAGCGGGAGCGCAUGCACCUGCGUGAGGAGCUGGAUCGGGCCCGGUUGCACCAGCUGCACCAGUCGCCCAUGGAGGGACACCUGCCUCACAUGCCCCCCUUCAUGUCGCACCUUGGGGGGAUGCCUUACCCGAGACUCAGCCCCUCCACCGGACAUAACGGCCUUCUCAACCGCACCCCUCCCACCGCAGCGCUAAGUGCCCCACCGCCACUCGUGCCCUCGGGUAACGCCAGACCGUCCUCGCCCAGACGGACUACCCCACUCAACACCCAGGACCCCCGCGAUUACUCGCCCUCCCGAAACCCCAAAGAGGUUGAGGCACGAUAGCUUCAGUUGCCUGGAUUGACUUUUGAGGGGAGUCUCUCCCUCUCCCAUUCUGAAGACAGAAUGCACUUAUGUUCCUGAGUGAAAAUCAAAAAUGUCAGAAAAUGAAAGAGACGUGUAUAAAUUGUACAAAGAUUUGUACAGCUGAAGAAGCACACGCCAUUAUUUUAUAUGGACUUGGAGAGUAGAAUGUUGGUUUGAAGAAAAAAAAGUUGAAACUCAAAGCAUAUGUUCAUCAACAAUUUAAAUCCAAUUUAAAAAUUGAUAUUAAUAUAUUAAUCCAAUUGUUCUAUCAUUUUUCGUGUGAAAAGUGAAAUUAUGAAAUGAGUUUGUAUAUUUCCUAUUAUCUUUCCAUGUAUAGACAUUAUUUUUAUGAAUUUGCAUAUUGUUGCAUUACAGUAUGUCAUACUUCCCCUCAUCUAUUCCUGUUCACUGUACGACCUAAAUCACGUCCACAGUGGAGGCUGGAUUUUUUUAAGAAUUGUUUGGACAGUUAAAUUUGCCCUACGGUACCUGACAGUUCUCAGUGCUAAUGAUGUAAAAAAAAAUUACAUUUAAGGUGGUUUUGUUCGCUUGGUUUGCCUUUGAGAUAUGCAGACAAAAGUGUAUUAUCCCUGUUUGGUUAUUGUAAAGAAAAAAAAUGUAAAUAUCUUGUUGAUAUUCCUCGAGACGAAAAAUUACAAUGUAAAUUUACUAGGCUUUUUAAAUGUUUCUAGAAAAACAAAAUUCUACAAAAUUGAAACCACUUCCGAAAUGAAACCAUGGUAACAGAUCAGCCACUGCAAUCAAAAAGAAGGCAAGCGUUAAAGCGGGGGUCAUAGAAUGAUGACAUGCAAUCUAUGCAACAACGCAUUUGAAGACCAGAAUGGAGUACAACCUGCAAGUGAUAUUGGGAAUAUUUUACAAGGAACCUGGAUUACUGACAUCCAUCUGUUUUUCAAACAAAGGAUUAUAAAACCGAACUAGAGACUGCCUCCGCCAAGACAAACUUUCAUAGAAUCAAACCAGUCUUGCAGCCCCAGAGAACUUGAGAGGAGAUUGAUUGAUUGGGCGGCAAUAGACUUUCUCUGUCGACCUUGUGGUGUUGUGCAGUUUCUUCUUUUCUUAGACUCUUGUAUACAAAAAACAAGUAGAGUUUUAGGCGUGCAAAAAAUGAAAAUGAACAUUCAUGGUUUUAAAAUGUACGGAAUAAAGGUUGGACCUUA